GUCUUUCAUCAAAGUUUUGCUUCCACAUGUUUAAGUCAACUUAACGUGUCCAAAAGACAACAAAUAUUAAUGCAAAUCCUAUAGCCAAACAAAAUAAAGCAAUAAAAGAAACUCUAAAAACUUCAGUUUUUUUUUAAACAUUCUUGGUUAGUACUCUUGUUAAUGUUGUUGCUGUUGAUAUUUUUUUCUUUUUUUAUCCAAAAGGGUAUAUCAUGGAAUUAGUUUCUUGGUUUUUUAUUUCCAUUUUCUUUCAUUUUUGGUGCUUUGAUUCAGCUCAAGGACAGAACACAUCCUCCUCAAGUUGCACUAAAAAAUUCCAAUGUGGAAACUUAGGAAAUUUGAGCUUUCCUUUCUACAAAUCCACACAACUUGAUUGUGGUUUGUGUAAAGUGGAUUGUGAAGCUCCUCCAAAUCCCAUAAUUGAAUUGGAUGGAGUGAAAUAUCAAGCUCUUGAGAAACAGGAAUUUUUCAUCAAAAUUAAGGACAUUAUUCUUGGAAAUCUUUUGCAAAACAAGAGUUGUCAAUCUUUUGAUAGAAAUCUGUCUUUACCAAUUUCUCCUUCAAUAACAUAUAGAGUCAACCCCUUUCUCACUUUGUUCAAAUGCAAUAAUAGCCAGAAGAUACAUGAAGAUGUUUUCAAUUCCACAAGUUAUCAAAGUUACAAUAGCUGUGAAAGUUUCAUAUUAUACUAUAACCAAACAAUCAAUUAUUUUCACGGUUUUCCUCUUCCUACUGGCUGUUCAUUCGUUCAGUUGCCCAAGUCGUCGAGUUCAGAAGCUGAAUCAAAUGUCUUAUUUGAUCUGUUAACUGAUGAAGUUACACUAGGAUGGACUGUGUCUGAUGAAUGCAAUCAGUGUUAUUAUAGAGGAGGGAAGUGUCAAACUGAUAAUACUACUGACAAAUUUCUUUGUUAUAAUACCAAAGUUGCAGGAAAUAUAAAAAUGAAAGUGAUUGUUGCAGGUACUUAUCUAUAUCAUUUAUCUACAAUUUUUUUGUUGUCCAUCACAUGAUUUUACCCUAUAUAGUUUUAUUUCUUCAAUAGCAAAGAUAACAAUAACAACGAACUCCAUGUAAUACCAUGUAGUAAAGUCUGGGAAGGGUAGAGAGGCCGCUUCAAAUAGACCCCCGGCUAAAAAAAAAGACGCAGAAAUAACAAUUGGAACAACAACGAGAUAGGUGAUAAAGUGAUACGCAGAUAGAGUAAUCGAAGCAAACGAACCAACAACUAGUAAAAGAAAUAAAGUAGACAAGCAGAUAUGGACAUACCAGACUAAUACUAAUGCAACCAGCAUGAAAA